CUCGCAUUUUUCCUUCCUUUUUACGCCGAACCCAGCAUGGCGACACCAUCGAAAAAACGUGAUGUUGAAGAAAUGGAUGUUCAGUCAGAUGAAGAUGAGGACGACUUGGAUGAUUAUUCAUCAAGUGAAGAAGAAGACGAAGACGGAAUCGCGGAUGAGGAUGUCCAAGUAGAUUUUGAAGCAGUGCCACCUACCGAUGCCGAUGCUAAUGGUAUCCGUACUCUACUCUCACAGCUGUUCCUGAAAGCAAAUAUCAACCUUGGUCAGUUGGCCGAUACCAUCAUAUCACAGAAUUACGUUGGAUGUGUCCUCAAGCAAUGUGAAGUUGAAGAAGAUGAAAGUGAUGACGGCAUUGAUGAGGAUCCAAUUUUUGGUGUGACGACGGUUAUUAAUCUCACAGAUAAAAAGAAUCUGGAAUCUGUGAAACAGUUGAAAGCUAUGCUCCUGAUGCAGUGCGAGAAGUGGGCCGCAGACAAACUGCCUGUAUUUAAUCAAAUUUUAUUGGACACAUGCGAGAAGCAAAUUGGAUUCCUAAUUAGUGAAAGAUUCAUUAACAUGCCCUCUUCUGUGGCAGUACCACUGUAUGAAUCAUUAAGCAAAGAUCUGCAGAGUGAAAAGGUCAACAGAUGAAUUACAAAUUUGACCAGUUCAUUUUAAUAAGCAAAACUUGUCGUCCACGAAUUGAAGGUUCCAAGGAGAGACCAAUUGAUGAGAAUGAAAUAACUUACCUUAAUCUUGAAGAACAGUUUUAUUAGAGAAUGCUAGCCAUUACUUCACAUAUUCUGUGGCCAAAGAACGAGAUACGCUUGUGGAUGGAAAGUGGAUUGAAGAAGAUUACGAGUCUUUGAGAACAGUUCUUCUGUUUGAUGCCAAGAAGACUACACAGAUCAUUGAGGACAUGAAAGAGUUCCUAGGGAAAUAAAUGUUUUUUAAAAAAAUA